AUGUGCGAACCACCAGCUCAGCCACCAGCUCAGCCACCAAUGCAGCUGCAGCCUACAAAGCUCACAGUCAGUCACAGUUUAAUCAUGGACGUCGAAGAAGCAGGUGCUUUAGCAUAUCUUUUUUUGAAAUUGCGAAAGCGUAAGAAAAAACGUAGUUUUUGGGUUCAUCCGUUUUUAAGAGAUAGAAGUACCAGGGGGACUUUCUUUACUCAAUAUCAGGACCUUAGGAAUAACCCUGACAAGUUUUACACAUAUUCAAGAAUGAGUGUUUCAAGUUUUGACGAACUCCUGGGACGUGUGGAAGAGAAAAUAUCAGGACAAUCAACGAGACUGCGGGACAGCAUACCUCCAGAGGAGAAACUAUUGCUAACUUUGAGUUAUUUGGGAAGCGGUGUUACAAUGACUCAACUUCACAUUUACUAUCGUCUAGGGUUAUCCACAAUAUCGUGUAUCAUAAGAGAAGUAACAAAGGAAAUAUGGAUAUCAUUGAAAAAUGAAUGUAUUCCUGUGAUCACUGCAGAACAGUGGAAGUGCAUUUCGAACGACUUUGAAUCUGUAACCAACUAUCCAAACUGUGUAGGGGCCCUGGACGGUAAACAUGUUCGGUUGACCAAACCGUGGAACAGUGGGUCAAUGUAUUACAAUUACAAAAACUAUUUCUCAGUUGUUUUGCUAGCUAUGUGUGAUGCUAACUAUCAGUUUACUUUUAUUGAUGCCGGGGCUUACGGGAAGGAGAGUGAUUCCAGCGUUUUCAAGAAAAGUGCUCUUCACGCUGCAUUAAAGAACAAAACAUUCCAGUUACCAGAAGCCCAACCAAUAAGUGAGUCAUCAUCUGCCUUGCCAUACGUGAUAGUUGCAGAUGAAGCGUUUGCAUUAUCAAAUCACAUCAUGCGACCUUUUCCAAGAAAGUCAUUAACAAGAAGAAAAAAGGUGUACAACUAUCGUCACUCAAGGGCACGUAGAAUGAUAGAGUGCUCUUUUGGUUUACUAAGUAAUAAAUGGCAGAUCUUUCAUCGUGCCAUGAACGUGGAUGUAUCACUAGCUGAAGAUAUAAUCAAAGCUUGUUGCAUUCUCCAUAAUUUUGUAAGAAAAAGAGAAGGCUAUAAUUUUGAAGAAACAUUAAAUGUGACCGGCUUUCAUGAACUUGAGGUAGACGUUGAAAGUAGGGGAACUAAAGAAGCUUUGACAGUGAGGGACAAAUUUGCUGAGUAUUUUGACAGCCCUGAAGGUGCUUUGGAAUGGCAGUACCGUGUUAUUUGA